AUGACUGAAGUGACUAAGAAAAGGAAAGUAGAGCCAGCAAAAUCUGUUUAUGCUUCUAGGAUUUUUGCUCCAUUUAGAAUUGUCGGUAAUGUCAGUAAUGAGGUACCAUUUGCAGUGGGUACACUAGGUUCUACUUUUUACAUUGUUACCAGUGUUGGGAAAUCUUUUCAAAUUUAUGAUGCAAAUACUUUACAUCUUUUAUUUGUCUCUGCUAAAGAAACUGAUUCUGAAAUUACUGCUUUGGCUGCUCAUUUCCACUAUGUGUAUGUUGCUUUUGGUAAUAAAGUUGGCAUCUAUAAACGUGGUGUUCAGGAACAUUCAAUAAAUUUACAGGCAACUAAUGCCACUGUAAGACAUUUAUCUGUCUUUGGUGAUUAUCUUUGUGCCUCCACUGAUGAUAAUAAUAUUUACGUAUACAAAAAGGACAAUUCUAUAAAUGAUAAAUAUGCUACUACCUUCUAUACAAAAUUCACAAUUAACAAUCUACAAGGUGGUGAAAUUAUUAGUCUAACUCAUUUAGCUACUUAUUUAAAUAAACUGGUCGUUGUCACUAAGUCAAACAUCUUAUUGUAUAAUAUAAAGACAGGGAAAUUACUGUACACUUCUGAUGAGUUCACUGAUCAAUUAACAUGUGUUGAGCCAGCUCCAGCUUUAGAUAUAAUGGCACUGGGUACUUCUUCGGGAGAUAUCAUUAUAUUCAAUCUAAGAAAGGGUAGAAAAAUACGUACUAUUAAGAUCUUACAAUCUACUGUCUCAUCUUUAUCUUUUAGAACAGAUGGCCUGUCACAUUUAUGUGUUGGUACCACUUUGGGUGAUUUAAUCUUUUAUGAUUUAGAUCGUCGUUCUAGAAUCUCUGUUUUGAAAAAUGUACAUAAAGAGACCUUUGGUGGCGUUGCCCGAGCAUCCUUCUUACAUGGUCAACCAAUUGUGGUUACUUCUGGUGGUGAUAACACCUUGAAAGAAUACGUAUUUGACCCAUCUUUGUCUCAAACUGAAAGCGAAGCGGUAGUGCAACCACCAAGAUUCUUGCGUUCCAGAGGUGGUCAUUCUCAACCUCCAUCAUGUAUAAAAUUUGCUGAUUCUGAGUCCCAUUUCCUUUUGUCUGCUUCUAGGGAUAGAACUCUAUGGGGAUUUUCUUUAAGAAAAGAUGCUCAAAGUCAAGAAUUAUCCCAAAGAGUACAUAAAAAACCAGAUGGUGGUAGAAUGGCUGGCAAUGUAAUGAAAGAGAAGUUCCCUGAAAUUAUUUCAAUUGCUAUCGAAAAUGCUAGGUUAGGGGAAUGGGAAAACAUUAUCACUGCCCAUAAGGACGAAAAAAUUGCUAGAACGUGGGAUAUGAGAUCUAAGAGAGUAGGGAGAUGGACUUUUUCCACCAAUGAUGCAGGCUUUGUUAAAUCCGUAGCCAUCUCACAAUGUGGUAAUUUUGGUUUGGUUGGUUCAUCUAAUGGGUCUAUAUCCAUCUAUAAUAUGCAAAGUGGUAUUCUAAGGAAACAGUAUAAAUUACAUAAAAGAGCAGUAACCGGGAUUGCACUUGAUGGUAUGAAUAGAAAGAUGGUAUCCUGUGGUCUUGAUGGCUUAGUAGGGUUUUAUGAUUUCAAUAAAUCAACGUUAUUAGGUAAAUUACAAUUAGAUGUACCAAUCACAUCGAUGGUCUAUCAUCGAUCAUCUGAUCUAUUUGCUCUUGCAUUGGAUGAUUUAUCAAUUAUAGUAAUUGAUGCUGUAACACAAAAAGUAGUACGUCAGUUAUGGGGUCAUAGUAAUAGAAUCACAGCAUUUGAUUUUUCGCCAGAUGGACGUUGGAUUGUUUCUGCAUCCUUAGAUUCCACUAUCAGAACAUGGGACUUGCCUACUGGUGGAUGUAUAGAUGGAGUCAAAUUAGAUAGUGUGGCCACAGACUUAAAAUUUUCACCAAAUGGUGAUCUGUUGGCAACUACCCAUGUUAAUGGAAAAGGUAUCAGCAUUUGGACUAACAGGUCUCAAUUUAAGGCAAUUUCCACAAGAACAGUCAAUGAGGAAGAAUUUUCUAAAGCUAUUUUACCAACUACAUCAAUUGAAGGAAACAGUUCUAUGCUUGCUGGUGCAUUAGAUAAUGAUGAAGGUCAUGAGGAUAAUGAACGUGAAUUAUCUAAUGUCUAUCAUUCCUUAGAACAAAUUAAUAAAGAAUUAAUUACUUUGUCUUUAGGCCCAAGGAAUAAAAUGAAUACACUACUAAAUUUGAAUGUUAUUAAACAAAGAUCUAAACCUAUUGAACCACCAAAGAAACCAGAAAACAAUAUUCCAUUCUUUUUACAAUUACAUGGUAAUAAAGUUGGAGAUGAAGCUUCGCAAAGGGAAGGUGUUAUAUAUGAGACACCGGAAGAGAUUCAAAAAAGAGAAGCUGAGGCUCAAGAUAAAGAAAAUGCAAAAGAGUUACUGCAAAAAUUCAAACCCACUGGUCGUGUUGAAUUUGAAUCUAAAUUCACUAGACUAUUAAGAAAAGGUUAUGAGUCCAAAGACUACACUAAUUUUUUAAACAAUUUAGUGGAAUUACCAUCAAAUUCAGUAGAUUUGGAGAUCAGAUCACUUAAUUCAUUUGAACCAUACGAUGAAAUAGUAUGGUUUAUUGAAUCCAUUACUCAAGGUUUGAAAUCAAACAAGAAUUUUGAACUGUACGAAGCAUUUAUGAGUCUUCUUUUAAAAGCCCAUGGUGAUGUGAUUCAUAUGAAUAAUAAGAAUGAAAAAAUUUCUCAGGCCUUAAGGGAGUGGAAUCAAUAUCAUAAAAGUAAUGAUAGAUUAGAUGACUUGGUUAAAUAUUGUUCUGCCAUUAUUAACUUUGUUUCAAGUGUAUAA